AUGCCCGAAACCUGGUACUCAAGGGCUUCGCCCAGGAGAGGCUCGUACGCCGGGCAACCAUCACGCCUUUAUGGCGAUGGCCGCAGCAGAUACCCUCAUGAUGAUGAGGAUUUCAUCCAAGAUUACUCGUACGCAAGGCAACCAGCACGCUCUUAUGGCGAUAGCCGCAGUAGAUACCCGCAUGAUGAGAGCUUCAUCAAAGAUUACUCUUGUGUAAUCUCCUGCGCUCGUUGUGGUCAAUAUCUCAUAUACACUGAAGAGGAUCCGAAUGAUAGGUAUCCAACCAGACCGCCUUAUCGUGUGUUGGAUCUUGAUCAAGAUUAUGGAUCUCGCUACAGCCGAAAUCAUCGGUAUUCUUUCGAGGACGAAGAUGGACGAUAUAAUAGUGACCAACCCUCUCUACGGAUUCCAUGCCAACAUGAAGACGGGGAAUACAGAAAUGGGCAAUUUCAACCUUUUUUCAGCGCCGGUCGAGAUUUACAAUAUCGCCAUCUCCAAGGCCGGCAUCGGGACUCUCCUUUAUAUGGCGUUGAUUAUGAGUAUCAUGAGGGGUUGGAUCGACCAUCUGUAUCCUAUACGAGUGAGCCUCGUUACCAUUAUCGUCGACGUCGACAUCGGAGUCAUCAUCGUAGCGAUCGUCGACAUCAUCAAUGGUUUCGCCGGCCGAGUAUGGAAAUUUCCUCCGAGACUGUUAGGGAAUGGAGUGAUUAGGCAGGAUGGAAGUGUGGGGGUUCUUACUAUGGUGGGGACACGUUUAUGA